UUUAUAUAUAGUUAAGAAUAAUAAAUAUCACACUACCCAUAGAUUUAUUACGUUCGUAAUAUUAUAUUGGAUAUAUUCUAAUACAAGUCGAAUGUAAAUAAUCGUGUUUCUUCUACUGGUAACUGGUUGUUUAUACUAGGACAGGACGUCUGUAAUAAUUAGCGAGUCGAGUCGGUUCAUCAGAGAACGUUGGCAGAAUCUUAUCGACAGGCACGCUUUCACGUUUUCGUUAUUUCAGAGAACAGUUUAUAAAACAUUAGGAAUAUGUAUUGGAAAGCAAUUGUGAUAUUUCUUAUAUUACUUUGUAUAAUUGUAUAUAAUUAUCAUUAUUUAACAAAAGUAUAUCCAUCGAUAAAUAAUUAUAUUUCCAACGAGUUGACGGAAUUAACGACACUUUCUCCCGUGUUAGAAAAGACUACUAACGACAAUUUUAUGACGUCGGACGACAAAGGGACAGGACGUGGAAGGAACAAGGAAGAGAAGGAUGGGAAACGGUAUAAAAGUAAGAACGUGAUUCUGCAUGGGGAUAAUUUGGAUUCACGAUUAUGCCGCCGAGAAAUUUCUACGUCGUUCGAUUCCACGAAGGUGGGGAAAAUAUUGUCCCGCUUGAUUAAAAAAGAGGCGCGCGACAACAAUUAUUUUAAGGUUAAGAGAAGCGUGGCGACGAAACUGCGGAAAAAGGCGAACGUUCUAGGACGUCUCUUGGUAAACAGUGGAUCGAAUAAAAGUGUCGCACGAUACGAUUACGACGAUGAUUUCGACGACGAUGAUUUGAGAGGCGCGGAUAAUGAUGAAAUUAAUUGGGAUGGAUAUUUGAACGAAGACGGGCCGAGUAUCAUGGAGUUAAUCGUUUUGAACGAGAGGCAAAGAAAGAGGUUAUAUCCCAAUUUGCAUCCUCACGAUGACGAAUAUAAUUACGAAUAAACAACUUUUAUAAUCUUAUCAAUUUUAUUAUUUUAUUCACAAUGGGUAAUAAAUUUUAAAUUUUUAUUUCUAUACAAAUUAACUGUAUUUUUCAUUUUAUUAUUAAUAAACUCUUCACGUUAAAAGUGUGUAUUACGAAAAUUCGAGUUGUUGUUGUUGUUUUUUUUUUUAUCAACA